UUCUAGCUAACUUGGCGCUAUUAGAGUCCAUGAGUGAAGCAGAAACCCCAGGAGCAGCCACCUGCAGCUGAGGACCGGGGCCGGAGGACAUCAGUCCAGAGGGGAACCGGUUCCUCCUGUUGUUGCUUUGACUGUGGACAAGUUAAGAUGGAAGCCAGCCCAGAGGCACCGGGACCCUGGUACCUGGCCCUGCUGGGUUUUGCAGAACAUUUCCGCACGUCGAGUCCCCCGAAGAUCCGCCUGUGCGUCCACUGUCUGCAGGCGGUGUUUCAGUUCAAGCCGCCCCCGAGGGUCGAGGCCCGGACACACCUGCAGCUGGGCUCGGUGCUGUACCGCCACACCAAGAACAGUGAGCUGGCCCAGACUCACCUGGAGAAAGCGUGGCUCAUAUCACAACAAAUCUCUCAGUUUGAAGAUGUCAAGUUUGAAGCAGCAAGUAUUCUGUCGGAGUUCUACUGUCAACAGAACUUGGUGGACUCGGCCAAACCUGUUUUGCGGAAGGCAAUCCAGAUCUCUCAGCAAACCCCCUACUGGCACUGCAGACUGCUUUUUCAGCUGGCACAAUUGCAUGCACUGGAGAAGGACUUGGUGUCUGCGUGUGACCUCCUCGGAGUUGGAGCAGAAUAUGCAAGAGUCAUGGGAUCAGAGUACACAAGAGCUCUGUUCUUAUUAAGUAAAGGAAUGUUGCUGCUAAUGGAGCGUAAGCUGAGUGAGGUGCAUCCACUGCUGACGCUGUGUGGGACCAUUGUGGAGAACUGGCAGGGAAACCCCAUUCAGAAGGAGUCCCUCAGAGUUUUCUUCCUCGUGCUGCAGGUCACACACUACCUGGAUGCUGGACAGGUGAAGAGUGUGAAGCCAUGUCUGAAGCAGCUUCAGCAGUGUAUCCAGACCAUCUCCAGUCUCAAUGAUGAUGAGAUCCUUCCCACUAAUCCAGCAGCUCUCUUUCACUGGCUGCCCAAAGAACACAUGUGUGUGCUUGUGUACAUGGUGACGGUGAUGCACUCCAUGCAGGCUGGUUACUUGGAGAAAGCCCAGAAGUACACAGACAAAGCUCUCAUGCAGCUGGAGAAGCUGAAGAUGCUGGACAGCAGCCCCAUCCUGUCCACGUUCCAAGUCAUCCUGCUGGAGCACAUCAUCAUGUGUCGGCUCGUCACUGGACACAAGGCCACAGCUUUACAAGAGAUUUCUCAGGUUUGUCAGCUUUGCCAACAGUCUCCCAGGUUAUUUACAAAUCAUGCUGCCCAGCUUCACACACUGCUGGGCCUCUACUGUAUCUCAGUGAACUGCAUGGAUAACGCUGAGGCUCAGUUCACCGCCGCUCUUCAGAUGACCACGCACCAGGAGCUGUGGACGUUCAUUGUGACCAACCUGGCCAGCGUCUACAUCCGGGAGGGCAACAGACAUCAAGAGCUGUUCACCCUUCUGGAGAGGAUUAAUCCUGAUCACAACUUUCCUGUCGGCUCUCAUUGUCUUCGGGCGGCAGCAUUUUACAUCAGAGGGCUCCUGUCUUUCUUCCAGGGACGUUACAACGAGGCCAAAAGAUUUCUAAGGGAGACCCUGAAGAUGUCUAACGCCGAGGAUCUAAACCGGCUUACAGCUUGCUCGCUCGUGUUACUGGGCCACAUCUUUUUGGUCCUGGGCAACCACAGGGAAAGUAACAACAUGGUGGUUCCUGCCAUGCAGCUUGCCAGCAAGAUCCCAGACAUGUCUGUGCAGCUGUGGUCCUCCUCUCUUCUCAAAGAUCUGAACAAAGCUUGUGGAAACACCAUGGACGCCCACGAGGCGGCUCAGAUGCACCAGAACUUUUCCCAGCAGCUCCUGCAGGACCACAUGGCAGCCUGCAGCCUCCCUGAACACAACCUCAUCAGUUGGACAGACGGCCUCCCCCCUGUGCAGCUUCAGCCUCAGAAUGGACCUACAACCAGCCUGGUCAGCCUGCUCUGAGAUCAACACCCCACCCUGACAGGGGAGAGGAGACACAGAAGAGCAGCUGGAGAGAAGACAUGAACAGAAAUGGGGAAAUGCAUUAUAGAGGAGGGGUAAGAGGAAAAUUUGAAACAGGGAAUACUGCACUGUGUCAUCUGGCAGGCUUCCAUUCAGUGCAUUAUUUGGGGCACUGGGGCAUCAUGACUUUCAAUGAUUUUCAGUAACUGAAUAUUUUUCAGAAAGCAAAGGGGUCAUGGGCUCACUUUUAUUACACUGGCACACUUUGGAGUGGUUGUAAUAGUUUGUUUCUACCAGCUGUAAAAGGAAAAAUUCAAGGAAAAGUUUGACAUUUAGGGGGAAGAGGUGCAUUCGCUUUCAUGCUGAGAGUUGGUUGAGUAGAUUUCCACUCUUCUGUCUGUUUGGUGGAUAUGAAGCUUCAGCCAGCAGACAGCUAGCUUAGCAUGAACACUGGAAACAGGGAAACAGAUGCAGAGUCGGAUCCACCUUCUCAUCAACUCUUCAAGAAAAGAAGCAUGUUCCUGAAAAUGUCAAACCUUUACGCUUUAAAAUUUGUCUGAUUUUUGCUGCUGAUUAAGCUGAUCUUUUAACUCUUUCCCGGGGGUAUUUUUAUUGUAAUGUUUUAAAAAAUCUGAGAAAACACAGAUUUUAAAAAUAGAUUGUGUCAUAUUUCCACGGCAGUCUAUUGUUGUUCAUGAAUUCAGCGUCUGUUGGACCAGUUCUGAUACACAGUAUUAGUUAGGGCACAUUUGGAUAUGUAGUAUACUAUAUAUCUGCAAUGAUCUUAAUGUAGUGUAGUGGUAAUUUGGUGUGUAUUUGGUGGUUGAGCUGCACAGGUACAUAACAAAUGUGAGUCUUCACGCAAAGCUGAGAUCAACACUAAGUAAAAAUUAUAAAAGAUUUAAUUACUGGAACCAUCCAGCACUGUGUAUUAAUGUUCCCAAAGGUAAGAAAAGUGAACUUUAAUGUGUUUGGAGACUGUGAUGCAUCAGAAGGUGAUUUGUUGACAUUGCAGUUUAGUCUCCAUGCUGCUGCCUGACAGUAAUUCCCUUUAGAUUGUUAGCAUUUCACUCUCACUGUGAUGUAAUGUUUAUAAGCUGUGCACAUUUUGCCUGGAGUCAAGAAAUUAGUAACAAUAGUAAUAUUUCUACUAAAUAAGAUUGACUGUUACCUGUUUGCACACACGUUGUUUCAUGAUGAAACAUAAAUGUUUAUGUAUUAUAAGCACUUUGGAGUAAUUGUAUUUUUCUCACUUCAGUUCUUCCUGUUACACUAAUUUCUUCCACAUGAGGGCAGCAUAAUCCUCCAUCCACUUAAUGUAGCCUUCAGUUACAUCAGAUGCUUUUGUUCUUUGCUGUUGAUUUUCAUAACUGGCAGGAUUUUCAGUUUACAGUUACCCUAUUGUUGGUAAGGUACAUUUUAAUUUAAUCCACGGUACCUGUGGUUUUGUUUGUUCCUUUACAAAGUGUUGGAUGCAAUUUAUUUUAUUGUCAUUGUACAAUAUGUGUAAAAUAAAUGGAAUGUUUGAUAUUUUCCACACGUUUUAUCAAUAAAAAUUAAAAAGUG